AUGCUUCUGUCCAACAGCAUUGCCGUCUCCCAGCGCGUUCCUCUCAUUCUGAGAACUUCGCGGAGAAGAAACGCCGUAGUUCUAGCUCAGCAAAACCAACCGCAGCAGCAGCUCACGGUAACGUCGGCGUUCCCCAGCUUAACAAUCUCCGACGAGGCAUUAACAUCGCGCGGCUUCAAUCUCCACCGCACGAUCGACUCCCUCAACCUCGAUCACCUCAACUCCGUCUUCGUGGCCGUGGGAUUCCCGAGGCGGGAUACGGAUAAGAUUCGGGUGGCGUUGGAGCACACCGACGCUUUGCUGUGGAUAGAGCACCAGAAGACGAAGAGGCCCGUGGCUUUUGCUAGAGCGACGGGGGACGGCGUGUUUAACGCCAUCAUUUGGGACGUGGUGGUGGACCCCAGCUACCAAGGUCUUGGUUUGGGAAAGGCUGUGAUGGAGAGAUUGGUGAACGACCUGUUAGCCAAAGGGAUCAACAACAUUGCCCUGUAUUCGGAGCCCCGGGUGUUGGGUUUUUAUAAGCCUUUGGGUUUUGUAUCGGAUCCGGAUGGGAUCCGUGGGAUGGUGUAUUCUAGGAAGCAGAAAAAUAAAAGGUAG